AUAGGACAGGCCACCAACUGCAACCAAAAUUAUAAAGACAGCUAUAGAUGCCACAUAUUAUUCAAUUUCAUUCCCAAAAGGAACAGAAACCCAUUUAUGUGUUCCAGUUUUCUGCUUGUCUCUUAUCCUACAAACAAACAUGCAAAAUCAAAACAUGAACUUGAUUUUGUCUACUGAUGCUAAGCCUAGGCUAAAAUGGACUCCAGAACUUCAUCAAAGAUUUGUUGAAGCCGUCAAUCAGCUUGGAGGUCCAGACAAAGCAACACCAAAAAGUUUGAUGAGACGGAUAGGAAUUCCUGGGCUUACUUUGUACCACUUAAAAAGCCAUUUGCAGAAAUACAGGAUGGGGAAAAGCCAACAGGCUGAAAGCUGCAAUGAGAAUAAGCAAGAUUGCAGAGAGACGCAGAGUAGUGAUGGGAAUCUUAGUAAAAACACCAGUGAGGGAACACACAAUCAGUUUAAUGAAGGCUGGCAGAUGGCUCAGGCUCUCAAAAUGCAACUGGAAGUGCAGAGGAAACUUCAUGAACAGAUUGAGGUACAGAGACAUUUGCAGCUGAGAAUUGAAGCUCAAGGGAAGUACUUGCAGUCUGUCUUAAAAAAAGCUCAAGAAACGCUUGCAGGGUAUAAUUCUUCUUCUGUGGAAGCAGAACUUGCAAAAGCAGAACUCUGCCAGUUAGUUUCAAUGGUUAACAUCGGCUGCUCGAGUUCUUCAGUCUCAGAACUAACAGAAGCAGGAAUUUCAAGUUUAAAAGAUGACAAAGGUAAACAAAUGAGAAGCACAAUUUGUUCUACGGAAAGCUCUUUGACUUCAUCUGAGAGUUCUGGUAGAAAGGAAGAGAAACAAAAAAUGAACGGGAUUGGCGACACUCUUAAGUCUACAACAACUUAUAUUGAACUUCCAUUAAUGGAUAUUCAUAGUGGGAAGAAGAGAAGUGGAAGUACCAUUUCUGAUGGUUUUUGGGAUGAGCAACAAGUUAAUAAAAGAGUUGCAACCAAUGAAGGGAAAAGCUGUGAGAAAUUAAGAAAUUGUGGACUUAAGGGUAAAUUUGAUCUCAACAGGAAAUACCAGAAUGACAGUGAGCUAGGUUCAGAAGCAAUAGACCUGAAUUGCAAGGGAUUAGAACAGCUGAAUGGACCCAGUUGAGUUUUGGAAACUCUAUCGAAUGGUAAUUGAUGAUGGAACCUAUUCAGAAAACUUGAUUCUUGGAGCUAAUCUUUUGUUUAUAGAUUAUGUAUAUCGUUGUAUGUGUGGACCACUAAGAACUUUUGAAAGUAUCUGUAUAUCCAUAUCAAAAUAAGGUAUAAUAUAAUACAAUAAAUAUUGGGUGGCUAAUCAUAAA